AUGCCAUCGUCAAAUGCUCGUCGACAAGCCAACCGUGCAAGAUGCUCUAUACCUGAAUGCGGAAAGUUUGCACAAACUCGUAAACUAUGUAAAGCCCACGGUGGUGGCUCUCGUUGUCACCAUCCUAACUGCCGAAAGCUUGCUCAAAGCCGAGGUCUGUGUAUUGCGCAUGGAGGUGGCCGUCGAUGUGCGUUUGACAAUUGCUCCAAGCUUGCCCAGUCCAAAGGCUAUUGUAUUUCACAUGGCGGUGGCCGCCGUUGUCAUGUCAUCGACUGCGAUAAGUUCGCGCAAAUUCGCGGUUAUUGCAAGUCGCACUCGAAAUUUGUUGAAUUGGGCUCUGGAUCAUGGUCUCCGGUGUCGAUUACUGGAUCAACAACGGACAGUUUUCUUAUGAAACGCACGAUCUUGCCGAACAACUCGAAGAUUUCGAUAGACUUUCUUAUCAACCCAUGCAGCAUGACUUUCGACUACAAGGAAGUAGUGCCAUCAUGUCUACAUGUGACCAAUUCUGGUUUGGCCCACCAACGCUCGCUUUUAUCUUACCUCGAUACAACGAAGACAUUAAUAGCAAAACAGACUCGAACCUAA